GAUGCAUGUCUUUAAAUUUACCUUAAAUUACUUAUUUAAAUUGCAGUUGUUAAUGACAUUUGAACAUUGUCCUGUUUCAUUGUUUAACCAGCAGGUUUUCAAUGCUUAGAGUCAUAUUAUCAAAACUACAUUGAAUCGUACAUAAUCUUCUGGGUUGUUGAAGUUUGACCAUCAAUAUAAAAUAUCCCAGUCGGUUUUAUCCUGUCGUCAUGAAAGAAUCUCGUAUUUACGCAACGAUAUGUUUCGUUUUGUUGGCAUUAGUAACUGUAUCUGCAGAGUCAUUACCCAGCGAGCCUUAUCUUGUUUAUUCUAACAUCACCAACCUACAUAUUAUUGAUCUAAAAACCUGGCGGAGCAUAAAUAUACUUGGUGGACUGGACCGAGUUGUACCUCUUGGAGAAGAUACUAAAAACCAACACAUCUACUAUGGUGAGAGUGUUUUGGGAAAAAUUUAUCGAGCGAAUUAUAACGGCAGCAGUCAGGAAUUGAUUAUGGAGAACGUCAAAAAUAUCGAAGGAUUAGCGAUAGAUUGGAUCGGACGAAAAAUUUAUUUGACAACUUAUUUGUCGGAGACCAUCGACGUAGCGACUCUUGACGGCAAGUUCCGAAAGGUCUUAGUUAAUACUGGACUUCAAUAUCCUCGUGGCAUAACAGUUGAUCCAAUUGCAGGCUUUCUUUUCUGGACUGACUGGGGGGUAAAUGCAAUGGUUGAACGAUGUGAUUUGGACGGAUCCAAUCGAGUUAUUUUAGUUAGCACCAACAUCACAUGGCCCAACGGCAUCACCGUUGAUCUCAACACAAGACGAGUUUACUGGAUUGAUGCUUGGCUCGACACAAUUAGUUCUGUGGAUUACGACGGCAUGAACAGAAAACUGAUCUUUGAAAAUACUGGAUUGUCCAUCUCUAAUCUCCAUGGUUUUGAUUUGGACAUAACAGAAGACUCAAUCUACUUCACAGAUUGGCAGUUAAACUUGAUCAUUGGAGUAAAUGUCAGCACUGGUGUUAUUUUCAAAAAUAUUUCAGUUCCAACAUCUGUAUCCAUCAAAGGUUCAAUGGGACUUCGAAUUAUUGAUAGAUCUAAGCAGCCAGACGGUCUCAGCAAUUGCAGUCAAAAUAAUGGUGGUUGUGAACAAUUGUGUUUUCAUAAAAUUCCAUCGAAUAUUUCGUGCGCAUGUCAACUGGGUAUGAAGUUGGCUGAUGAUUUCAAAUCAUGUAAAGAUGCAUUUGCAGAAGAGUUUGUGAUGUUUGCGGAUUUAAACGCUCAGAAAAUUUACCAGAUGCAACUGGAUAGUGUUAACGUAAAGCCCAUUGCGAUACCUUUUGAGAAAAACACAAAAAUUUCUCGACCUGUGGCGUUAGAAUAUGAUCGAAUUGAUGACCGUGUUUACUGGAGCGAUGUAGCAUUGCUAACGAUUUCAAGAGCAUUCAGAAAUGGGACUGGGUUCGAAGUAAUUUUCGACAAUGUUGGUAUUGUAGAUGGUCUGACUAUAGACAUGACUGCUAGACAGUUAUACUGGACUAGUGAAAGCAAAAACACUCUGGAAACAGCUAGACUCGAUGGUUCAUUUAGAAAAACGUUGGUGAAGUGGUAUUUGUACAAACCACGUGAUGUUAUUGUUGAUGCCAUUUCCGGAUAUAUGUACUGGACAGACUGGGGAAAGUUUCCAAGAAUUGAACGGGCUUACAUGACUGGCGAGAAACGUAUGGAUCUUGUAAAUACAAGGUUACGUUGGCCCAAUGGUCUAACAUUAGAUACUGUAUAUAAUAAACUGUACUGGGUCGACGCUUAUGAGGAUAACGUUGAAGUGAUUAAUCUUAUAACGCUGAAGAGAAAGGUCAUUUUGAACAAGAAAGUUAUAAUCUUUGGAUAUUUGUUUCGUGCAGCCAGCGAGGCACAGCAUCCAUUUGGUCUCACGCGUCUUCAUGAUAAGAUCUAUUGGAGCGACUGGACGACGCGUUCCAUAUAUCGUGCCGAUGUAAAUACAGCAGCAAAUAUCGUCAAAAUGGCUGGUAAUCUUGGGAGACCUAUGGAUAUCCACGCGUACUCCGUAUUAUUAAAACGUCGGCAAAAAUUCUUUUACACAUUCUCGUUUCCAAACUCUGGCAGCAACUUUAAUUGUUUUUCAAACAAGGCCUGUCCACAGAUAGACGAACCGCCAUCCUGCCCUGUAGGCUACACUCAUGUGCGAGAAAAUGCUACUUGCGGGUUGAACUGUCGUGAUAUAGUUGGAUACACAUAUCGAUGUCCAUGUAAUGACUGGAUGUCUUGUGCAGUUAGAGAAAGAUAUCUUUUUGGAUGUAGAUUUGGUUAUUACAGUAGUUUUAGAGUACGGGAAUGUGUACAAGAUAUCAGACCUGGUCGCUGUCCUGUGCUUAGUAACCCGAGCCUUGGAUCUCAUCAGCCGUGUACAAAUGAUGAAGAAUGCCCGGGUAUUGAGAAAUGUUGCGCUUCAAAUUGCACAAAACCUCUUACAUUUGAUUCUCACGCAUGCGCUAUCAACAACGGAGGAUGUGAUGAGCUUUGUUUUGGUGUACCUGGGGGACACAAGUGUGGUUGCAAAGAAGGAUAUUAUUAUAAUGAAACAAUGGCAAAUUGUUCAGUGAAUCUACGACCAAAUGUUGAACCACCACCACCUCCUUAUGGAGGUUGUAUUCCUCAUCCUGCACCAAUAAAUGGAUCUAUUUCAUGUGACGGUGAUGAUGUCUUUGUGCAACAAUACCGAAGAUGUAGAUUUACUUGCAAUCCUGGCUAUCUUUUAAUUGGUUACAAAUACGAUACCUGCUUUAAUGGUAGUUGGUUAAGGUCACCACGCAGCUGUGUUGUUGAUAGAAGGCCCAUUUUUUCUCACUGUCCUAAUUCCACCGUAAUUCCAACUGACGCUGGCCAAAGCUACGCGACUUUUGUUUGGGAUGUUCCAACUGCCACUGAUAGGAGUGGUAAAAAUAUUUCAGUUGUUGUAUGGCCCAGUGUUUACAAUUCUCCUGUCAGACUUGCCAUUGGUUUGCAUGCUAUCGAAGUGACGGCAACAAGUGAUGGUGAACGUAGAUUUUGUUCCUUUAAUGUCACUGUUCAAGAUGUGGAACCUCCAAGUUUUAUAUGUCCAGACAAUAUUACCUUGUACACAAGAAAUGUUGCUGGCGUUCGUCUACCUUCGGAUUUUAAACUUCCCAAAGCAACAGACAACGCGAAGCCUCCACGCGUGUCGAGAUUUGGAUUUCCCUCCGACUCGUUGUUUCGCGUUGGAACGACAAUGGUAAAAUAUGUUGCUUAUGAUGACGCUGGACUCAAUGCAACUUGUCAAUUUAAUGUUGUUGUUCGUUCUCUAUGCAAGGACACAUGUGGAUAUGGAGGAGUGUGCAGGAUAGUCGGUACACAAGAGAAAUGCGAGUGUGACAACUUCACGUGUGGUGGUGUCCAAGAACUUUGUGGAUCUAAUGGUGCUUCCUAUUUAUUUGAAUGUCGUUUACUUGAGAAACAAUGUGAACAACAAAAAAAGAUAAACGUUAUCAAAAGUGGAUCUUGUGGUUGUGGUACGCUUGACGUGAGCACGCCUGAUUUUAUAACCACCAGUGACAUUUCAUGUACUGUGGAUAAAGAUAACUUGGUCACGUGUAACAUCACGUGUCUUGAUAAUGAUUACCAAUCUGCAAUUCCUGACUUCCUAAUGCUGAAAUGUUACAACAGUAAAUGGUUGAGGAGUAACAAAGUUGGAAAGUUCGUUGAACUCGCUAAUCGCAAUUCACCUCCAAAAUGUUACAAAAAAACUCCGAAGUUCCCUCAGUCGCCUUUCUGUGUUGUUGGUUCAGUUUUGUUGCCGUCCCAAGUUUGUGUCCCCUGUCCACCUGGAAGUUAUCACAAUGAGACCAGCGGCUCAUGUAAAGCUUGUGAGCCUGGAACAUACCAAGAUGAUCAAGGACGGACGUCAUGUAAAAAAUGCAAACUUCCACAGAUGUCAACAACGACAGGAGCAGAAAGUUGCUAUUUUUAUUAUGGGGAGGAUGUUGUGGAAAUGAAGAUUGCUAAAGACUCAAAUGACUGGACAAAAGAGAAAAUUAAGGCUGAAAUUGCCAGAGCUUUAACUGAAGUUUGCAAAACCCAAAAAAAUUGCUUUGGUUCAAAAAGACGUCGACGUCGAAGCAAUGAAAAUGUUGAAUUCAGAGCAGAAAACAUAAUUGUUAUCAAUCUUGACACAAGUGAUGACGACAUAGAUGUUGAAUUUCUUGUUGUUGAUCCUUCAUCGUCAUCACCAGUACCUGAUAAAGCAUUUUCCCCAAAUAAAACGAAAGAUCUUGUUGAAAAUAUACAAAACGACAAAGUAUCUUUUACGGUUAUAAAUGUUAAAAUUGUAAAUAAAGAUGACUCAAGAUCAUCGACAACAUCGUCCACAACAUCAUCGACUACGUCAUCGACAACAUCAUCGACAACAUCAUCGACAACAUCACCGACAACCUUAUCCACAACAUCAUCGACAACAUCACCGACAACCUUAUCCACAACAUCAUCGACAACCUUAUCCACAACAUCAUCGACAACAUCACCGACAACUUUAUCCACAACAUCAUCGACAACAUCACCGACAACCUUAUCCACAACAUCAUCGACAACAUCAUUGACAACAUCACCGACAACCUUAUCCACAACAUCAUCGACAACGUCAUCGACAACAUCAUCGACAAAAUCAAAAACUGCUUCGUCUUCAAAAGUUCCUAUCAUUGUUGGUGUUGUUGUAGGAGUUUUAUGUAUUAUUUUGAUCAGUGUUGGUGUUUUUAUCUGGAAGAAACGUUGCAAAACAAAGACUAAGAUUCCUUCUGUGCGUUUUACGAACGCUGUCUAUGUUAAUGCACCCAAUAUCCAACCUUCCGCCUCGUCGUCCAACCAUUUAUACGAGACAAGCCAAGAUAUAGUGCAAGGCGUACGACUUGGCUUCGUCAAUGAAACUUAUCGUGAAGGAAAUAAUCAAAAUCCUCCUCCUCCAUAUUAUGAAUCGCCAUCGAGUUUAUCUUCCAAUAUGUAUGAAGUUCCCAAUGGAGAACCAGGAUCAUUGCCUUUUAAACCUUCCAAAGUUGUUCCCAACGAAGAACCAGGACCGUUGCCUGUAAAAGAAAAUCUUUCGUAUGAUGCUGUUGUUGAUAUUUCGUCUUCAAAUGAUGUCAAAAAGUCUCUAAAAGCUGACGAGUCUGUUAAAUUCUUUCACAAACGUUCUUCAUCCGAUGUUGACGACCCUUCUGAGUCUAAAGUCGCGUUAAGAUUGGAACCUCCUCCAACAUUGAGUAGAAACAAGUCGACCACUUCAUAUCUACCCAACGUUCCAAUAAAGAAUGAUGACAAGCUUGACAAUGAAGCAAAUAAACCGGACGACCAAAUUGUGAGUGACGUCACAAAAGAAGAAAGUGAAACUUAAAGUGGUCACGUGAUUACGUAUCCUUACAACGUGAUUGGUUAAUCUUGCUACUCCUAUCAUUAUGUUGCAUUCGUAUUUUAUGAACUUUUUUAUGCGUGUGUUUAAAUUAAUCAUAAUUUUAGUAAUUUGACCAGAAUGAGUCAUAAAAUAAAACAGCAAUUUUAGUAGAUUUUAAUUCCUUUACUAUUUCAUUUGAUUCAUUUAAUUUAGACUUGUAUGUUUCCUACUUAUGAUUGUAAAACGCUGUGUCCUUCACAAUGUUUGACCAUCACCGUCAAAAACGGACCAAAAUUCAACUUUAACUGUUGCAAUUUUUAACCGUUUCAUUUUAUUUCUAGUAAAUGAAAUUUAAAAAUUUGCAAGGCAAAGUUGCAUUGCUAUUGUUGAUAACAUCGAAUAAAAAAUUGUAAUUAUCACUAAACUUGAAAGACAAGUGCAGUUAAGAAUAAAUCGAGUAUGUAAUGACGUAA